AUGAAUUUUAAGAAAAAUACUACUUAUGCGAUGAUGGCAUUGGCAGGAGUCCUAGGGAUAGGAUACCUAGCAUAUGAUUAUAAGAAAACCCAGAAGGAGAUAAUAUAGUUUGAAGCUGAUUUGAAAUAAUUCUAAGAGGUUUAGGCUCUGAAAAAGGAAAAGCAAACCAUCUUUCUUGAUCCAAAGGACAGUUCAUUUAACAAAACUUUGAACAUCAGCUUUACGGGCACAAGAUAAAUACAUUGUAUUUGCGUAACUGGAGGGCCAGGAUGUGGAAAAACAAGUGUAGUGACAUUCUUAUAAGAAAGACUCAAAGACUUUUAAUAUAAUGUUAUAGUGGUUCCCCUUCUGGAUGAUUUCAUAUUGGGUCAAGAUUAAGAAAUUAUGUAAGAAUUGGGUAAUGAGGAGAGAAACUAAAUGAUAAUUAAGAAGAUGAUGUUGAUGCAAACUUUGCUCGAUUAUUCUAAGGAUUUAGCAUAAUAAGUAAAGGACAAAGAUUCUAUCAUUCUUUGUUAAGGUGGAAUUUUGGAUUUGUUGUCUGUUUUAGAUGAAAAGGAGAAGGCCAAAAUGUUCGAGGAUCUUGAAGAGCAAUUUAAGCCAUUGGCAACUUUGAGAGAUAAAAAUUAUGAUGCAGUUAUACAUUUAGUAACAAAUGCUGAAGGACUCCAAUAAAACUUUUAUUUUGGCAAUUCCUUCAUCAACAGAGAUUAAGAAAUAAACAAGGCUAUCGAGGCUGAUCGAAGGAUAUAAACACUCUGGAUGGGGCAUCAAAAUCAUUUCUUGAUUGACAAUCGUGGACUUACAUUCGAUAAAAAGAUUCAGAGGGCCUAUAAGACUGUUUAGAAAAUAUUAGGAAUGGUACAAACAAAUAUCAGAUGGACUAAAAUUGGAUUAAAAUAAAUUAACUUUCCUAGUGAUCUCCCUCGUACUCAAAUAAAAAUUACAGAUAUUUUCCUUUUAGACGAAAAGAGUUAAGCUCAAAAAGAAAUAAACAGAGUCAGAAUGAGAUAAGUUGAAGGAGGCAUUAAAUAAUAUUAUUUGAUUACAACCAAAAAAUCAUAGCAAAAAGAUGAUAUUUAGUUUUUGAGGAGAAUGAUUUCCUUUUCUUAAUUUCAUCAUAUAGUGAAUUAGAAUUAGAACAAAAUUAAAAUCUUGGAACGACUAAGAUAUUGUUUUACAUUUCAAAACUAGUAAUUAUACUUAAUUAAUUAUCAAGAAUGA